AUGGCAUCCAUCAAGGGACCCGCACCGGCGCCCACCUCGUUUCCGGGGGCCGACAAGCUGCGCAUCGGCAUCGUCCACGCGCGCUGGAACGAGGAGUGCAUCACGCCCCUCGUCAACGGCUCCGUCGAGUCCAUGGUCAAGGCCGGAGUCAGGCCGGAGAACAUCGUCAUCGAGAGCGUCCCCGGCUCCUGGGAGCUCCCCAUCGGCACCAGCCGCAUGAUCGCGGCGUCGCAGGUGCAGGCCUCGUCCAACGUCUCGGACCUCAUGGGUGCCACGUCUCUCCUCGACGGCGGAUCCGGCACCUCGACCCCGGCGCCCGCCGCCGCCGCCGCCGCCUCCUCCUCGGGCGGCAAGGCCUCGCGCGCCGCCCUCGACGCCGUCAUCUCGAUUGGCGUGCUGAUCAAGGGAUCCACGAUGCACUUUGAGUACAUCUCCGAGAGCUGCUGCCAGGGCCUCAUGAAGGUCGGCCUCGACACAAACGUGCCCGUCAUCCUCGGCGUCCUCACCGCCCUCACCGAGGACCAGGCGCUCGAGAGGUCCGGCGUGGGCAGGAACGGAAACAAGGGCCACAACCACGGCCUCGACUGGGGAAACGCCGCCGUAGAGAUGGCGCUCAAGGCCAACAAGUGGGCCGAGGGCAGCUUCAGCAGCGCAUAG